CUGUUGGUUGCCAUGGUGAAUGAUGCUGAUCUGAAGAAAUGAAUAAUGUGAGCGCUGGGGGCGACAGUGGGAUUACUCAGACAGUGGCGAGAGAGAUAUCAAGGAGAGCCCGUAGCGGAAGAGGGGAGAAGACACCGUUCCUUCAGCUUUGGUCCACUCUGCCUCUGAGGGCUGAGCUCUAACCAGAUACACUGUGAGCAUCAGAAUCGGGAUGAACAUCGAGGUUGGGAACGUUUCUUACACGGGAGCCAUCAUCUCCUGGUCGUCCUCGGAGCCCUGCCUGGAGGACUAUUACCAUAUUAUGUAUAGGCCCAACUGGAACAGCAUCUUCUCUAGCUAUCUUCGCUACAGCUUCCACCACGAGGAGAAGGUGCCUCGAACAAUCAGCUCCGUGGUGCUUGAACAUCUUGCUCCUUCCACUCUUUAUUUCCUGUGCAUCAGCUGCAAGAAGGCCGCCUUCCCCUACAGGCACUACUGCACCAUGUUCCACACCCUGGAUAAGAGCCCGCUGGCUGCUGGAAGCUCCCUAGUGGACCCACAAAUCUCCCUGUGGGUGCUGAUGGCCAUUCUGCUGGCCUGCUUCACUGCUGUCUUAGCCUUCAUCUGCCUCCAGUUCUGGUGCAUCCGCUGCCAUGAGCCUCGAUGGUCUUACCGAGCUGGCCACAUGGAGGAAGCCAAUGGGCUGGUGAGAUGGCCAGAGGAGGCCCCGGCUCUUGGUCAGAGGGAGGAAGACCUGCAGGGGCUCCCCCUGGUGGAACUGCCACGCAAGAACUCCGCCGCAGGAGCUGAACCGGAAGCGGAAGCAGCCAUGGACGCCCCCGACGCGGAUGCCGUUCAUGGGGAGCGAGGUGAUCCACCCGCCGUCCUGCCUCGCUGCGGUGAAUGAGCGGUGCGGCGGGGAGAGUCCGUAUCAUGUAGUCUAAAGUCCUGUCACUGUAGAUCUUUUGUAAAAAUUGCCUAUAGGCCACCCAUUUCUCUGCCUCAAAUGAUAGUGUUAGUGGAGGUGAACUAGGUUGGAUGAAUGCCUUAUGAGAAAGCUUCUCAACCCGGAAAGCAUAUACACCAGGAGUGUGCCAGGGGAGAAACGUGACAUCUCUUCAGGAGUGUCCAUUUGGGGACCCAGUUAAACGUUAAAAGCAUUAUUUUAAUAUUAAAGCAAACAUGGAUAUAGUAUGGAGUAGAAAAUGAAAUGGGCAUGACUUAAAUAAAACACAAUACUUCAAGGAAGUUUUUCAGUUGGAGAUGGGCUCUUUGAGCUUUGUCUUCAGUGGCUGGGGUAGAUGUGAAUCUCCUCUGCCGCUAUGGAGAUUAUGUUAGACAGGUAUGAGAAGUGUUGCUCUCGAGCGUUUUCCAAAUUUCAGGCAAUCACAGAGCACCUCUUACCCCAUCUUCACAUUUUUUUUUUUUUUUAAACCAUGGACUACCUUUAUUAUUAUUAACAGUAUUUCUCUUUAAAUUAGCUUAUGUUUGAAACAAACUUAUUUUAAAAUAUAGCCUUAUAUUAUUCCAUAAAUGAAAAACUAGUACCCUCCUGCUGUAAACAGAAGGGAAACACUAUAAAAAUAAAUAUAAUGAAAAUAAAAUCAUAUUAAAUUUGACUUAGAUUCUAUUGCCUGCCAAAGGCUUUAAGCUUCUUUAGGGUUACUUUCUUACCUUUGAUAAGAAGGGAGAUUAGCAAGUGUUAGAGAGGGUAUCAAAGACAUAUUAGCUCCAAAGUAAGACUAUCUCCUUGAUAUCAUCAUAAGGUUUGAAAAAGUAUUGAGGAGGGAGGCUUAUUUUUUCUUUGUGAGAUAGUGUUAUUUAAUGCCAUGUCUGUGAUCCACCUAAAUUACUGCCUGUAAGUUUCCCUGGAUUUGAGAAAAUUGCCUUGGCCAGAUUAGCUGUGUUGGAGAGGACAUGUGCACCCUCCCAGGAUCACCCUCAGACCUUCAAGACCCCAGCUUUAGGCCCAACUGGUGGGAAUUCAUCUUGGUUAAUCACACUUCCAAAGCAAGGGCUCCUGACCUAAGGGGAGUACCUUUGCUAACACUUCUAUUUAUACUGUUAGUGCUUCUCUAACUUCAUUUGUGUUUACUUUUUGAGAAUGUGGUCAAAGGUGGCUGUUUUUAUUCCACUGCAAAGAAAAGUGUUAGCAUUUUUGUUGUUGUUGACAUAUUUUGCUUUCUGGGUCAUUCUUUAUUCCUCCCAUAUGGUAAGAAAUUAAUCUUCUAUGUAUGUAGUGGUGUUGGUGAGAAUUUGUGAACACUUUUCCUCUGCCCCCACCAUGGAUGUGGAAAUGGAACUCAAGGAGAGCAGAGAUUACAUCUGUUUUGAUCCCUGAUUUAUUUCCACCAUGUAGAAUCUAGCCCAGGUUCUAGCAUACAGUGGGUGCUUUAAAAAAAAAUGUCUGUUUAAUGAACUGCACAAGACAACAGACUGGCUUAGAAAAGGGACACUAUCUGAGAGGGUUUACUUAGAGCCUGGUCGUGUAUGUAUAAGCAUGGGCAGCAAAGCAGCAGGAGAAGACCUGCUUCUCAGCCCUAGCUCCUGCUAUCUGGGAUUCUCUUCCAAGCUCCACCUUCCCAAUCUUUAAAUCUCUUCUCUGUAUGGAGCAAAAAUCCCUGAAUCACAGGAUGAUCUGCAAUGGAUCAACUCAGCAGGAAGAGAUGGUAAGCUAUGAUGAGAAGCCCCACAGACCUAUUUCCUUUUUCUCCCCAGUGAAGUCCUAACAGCCCCUGCCCUGUUUCCAGCCCUGCUAUGCUAGGUCUGUGUUUGUCCCCAUCCCUGUUAGUAGUGAACAAAUAAAGAUGAAUAUACUCGCAGUUGU